UUCGGAGAUGUUCAGAUCACGACGAUUGACAUUUCCUUGUGCAUGGCGUCAAUAUGUUGCUGGAUUCACACUAGAUUCUGCUAUGUGGCCAUGGGAUGGAGGGUACUGCUAAAUCGAAUUCAGACUAAGAGAAUCUGGUACGUAGGAAUGUAUUACUGUGUGAUCCAUCUGGUCCUUGGUGUAAUUCUGUGGUAGAAUCUGCCUCUCAUUUGCGUGGGAUGUAUGGGGCUUGUAGUUCGGGCUGCUAAGCCCGCCCCAACCAUAAAAAAAAAUCUAGUAACCAACACACACAAAUUGAUAAAGCUAAAAGGACACUAGCCGAACACCCAAUUUGAAAUUUAAAUGUUCAUGCUGACGCAUGACUAAAAUACAUAAAUAGAGACAGAGAUAGGCAUAAGCUAAGGCAGGUUCAGAGGAAGUUCAUGCAAAAGCAAAACCAGCUGGUGAAGAUAACAAUGAACCGAGAAUUGAAAAAGUUUGCAUUUCACAACCAUUCUUGUGUGAGUAACGACAAAGCCUCAACGGAAAUACCGAAGCUUAAACAAAAACAAAACAAUCCAUUAUCCAUUAAUACAUCAAUACAUGCAUAAACACACAAUUGAUUUCUUUGCUUCACCAUCAUUUCCAUUUUAGUACCAAAAUUAAACUUGCCAAUGCCAUUACCGGUACUAAUUGCUUAAACACACUCAUUCCUUGUUUAUUUUUGUUGCAUUGAAAUGGAAUCUUCUUCAUCUGCGCCGCGCAAGUUUCGCUUCAGAGACCACUCAAUCCCGGAGUCACAAAACUCGAUUGAGUCCUCCGAGCAAAGCUCCGAGGAUGUUGUUUCGCCGGUGUCACUACCUAUCAGUGAUGUUUCAGAUACCAAGCUUGAUGUUGAGUCCAUGACCGGAAGGGGCAUCAAACAUUUGUGUGAUGAACUUGGGGAGCUCAAGGAAGCAGCAAGUCAAGAUUUACGGAAAAACCUCUCUGCUAAUUCUUCCUCUUUCCUUAGAAUACUAGAGGAAGUGACAGGAGUGGAAAAUGAGCUUGUGCAACUAGAAAACCAUCUUUUAUCCCACAAAAGACUAUUAAAGGAUCUCAUAGAUCGCAUAUAUCCAAAAAUAUUGUUCAUAAACUCAACCAUUGAAGAUCCUAUAUAUUUUGCACCAUCUUCCCCUAGUGAAUUGGAAAUUCACAUUAAUGAUGUUUCAGAGAAAUUGGAUAUUCUCAUGUUAGAACAUAAGGUAGAUGAAGCCCUACACCUUCUAGAAUCAGCAGAGGAACAUUACCAAAGCAUACAACUCCAACACCAUUCCUAUAGCAAGAAUGAGAUGAUGUUGUAUAACUCUUUGAUUUCAGAGCAAAAGUCCAUGCUUAUACAAAAGUUCACACAGAUAGCUGAGAAUGAAAGAACAAUAGCACCAGAAUUGCAAAGUGUGUUAGCUUCACUUUGCAGGCUUGGGGAGAGUCAACUUGCUAUUCAUUUGUUGCUCAAGCAUUACCAUUUGCGUAUUGUGACUGGAAUAAAUAAUUUGAAGUGUUCAAAAUCAUAUUCAAUUGAGUAUUAUUUAAGAGAACUUGCAAGGUUUGUGUUUUCUAUGAUUUCACAAGCGGCAAAGAGUUUUGAGAAGUUAUGUGGAGACACUUCCCCUUACACCUCAGAACUUAUGUUGUGGGUUUAUGCAGAAACAAAGUCAUUUGUUACUUUUUUUGCCAGACAUGUUAAAUCCACCUCAUCAUUAAGUGUUGACUUGUGCUCUUCCAUAAAAGCUGUGAAGUUUGCAGUCUUCUAUUGUUCUUUGUUAGAAAAUCAGAAAGUAGUGUUGCAGCCAUACUUGGUAAAGCAUCUAUUCCCCUGCAUUGAAGAGGUUUUGGAUACACAUAUAAACCAUUUUAAGAAAGUGAUUUCUAUCUUCUCAGCAAGUGAUUCUUGGAUACUAGAGAAGUUCCAUGUGUCUGAAGUGUUUUGUGGGGCUCUAUCUUUAUCUCUGACAAAUGGGGCACAACCUGAUUAUUGCUUACUAACUGCAAGUGGCCAGAAGUUUCUAACACUAUUGCAGGCUUUUGUAGAAGAUACUUCCCCUCUUGUUGCCCUUGAAAUGGGAGGUUUAGUAAUUAAAGAACUUAUGAACCUCUUCUCAGAGUAUAUUGUCAUACUUGAAAGAGCCCUUACUUAUGAAACGAGCACAAUAGAGGAAGAUAAUGCAAGAAUCAAGUUAGCUGAGUCACUGCUACAACAGGUUUCUAUUUUGGCUAAUGUGUCAGCGUUAGUGCAUUUUCUCUCCACCAUUGUCAAAGGCAUCUUUAGUAACAAUGGCCACAUGGAUUCACAAGUAUUGGGAAACCGUUCAAUUGUUCAUGAGCAACACGAAAUUCAAGAUUUCCUGUUGUUUAUUGAAGAGGGCACCAAUAAGUUGAGAAAUGUGUUCUGCCAACAAUUAAUUCAAGGAGUGUUGUCUACUUACCAUAGCCAUGAAAUAUUUGCAACUAUUCACUAUAAUGAUCAAUGUGAUGUUAGCAUGAUCCACAAUCCAAUGCCCUCUGGUAUCUAUCAGGUUUUAUUUCUAGAACUGAGGAAAAUAGAAAAGCUUGAUGAAGAAAAUGUGUUUGAAAUGAAUUGGUUGAUGGAAUUACUGAGAGAGCUGAUGGAGUCUAUGUUUAUUUGGGCUUCUAAGAACAAAGAGAUCAAUGCAACUACAGAAGAGAGUAUGAGCUCACAGACUGAUGAGGCUAAACAGUUUAUUUUGGAUGUGCAAUUUCUGGUGGAAGUUGGAAUGUAUGGAGGAUACUUCUCCGAUGACCCUUUACUCCUUCUCACUCUCAUGAAAUCAACCUUUAGCUCAGCUGGACUUGACCCUUUCAAAGAUGUAGUCAAUGAUGAUUGGGCUAUAGAUGCUGCCACUGAAACAAUUCAAAAGCUAUUAGACAUUGAGAAAACAAGUUUACAUCCAAAGGAGACUAUAGUUGACAUCAAAGAGGAUUUACAUGAGCAUGAGAAUAAUGAUGCAGUAAAUGUAGAGGAAGAUGAGGUUGCCAAAGAUGAGUUAGAAGUUGGUAUUGAUGCAGAAGCGGCUUCUCUAGAAUUGGAAUUUAGCCCCAGUGAGGAUUCACUAAAGGAGAGAGAUUAUAUUGAUAUAGACACUUUAAAUUUGAGUCAACCUACUAUUAAUACCGUGCAAUUAGAGAAUAUUACUGAUCUUGACAAGGCAGGAGAUGCAGAAAUUGAUGUAUUGAGUCCAACAUCUUCAAUGAAUGAGGUUGGACAGAAUUCUGAGGAAAUUAAAUCAAAAUCAGAUGAAUAACCAAAUUUUAUACAUAUUAAUAAUGUAUUUACAUGAUUUUAGUUUUGUA